AUGUUUCCCUUUCCUCCUUCCUCAUUAGCCCAGCAGGUUAAGUGGACUGAUAAUACUGAUGAGGAAGUUCCUGUAAAUACCGGAAUCGAAUUGACUGUUGGAUUCAUUCCGGGACUUAAGGUCGACCUGAUCCCGCUUUUACCUCAGAGAAAGGUGAAAUUUUAUUCUGCUAUUGAAACAGCACCUCAAUGGUUAAUGAUUGAUAAGUUUGUGAUUGAUAUCAAGGAUUAUACAUCCUCUGCGUCUGGUUCCACAACACCGCCAGCAAUUAUAAUUAUAGGGGAUGGAAGUGUUGACCAGAAACCUAUCCUUGAGAAGUUAGAUUAUGCUAUGUCUAUGGAAACAAUCACUGUGGGUGAUGAAAGAGGUCAGUUUGUGUAUAUAAGUAGUAAUGCUUCAAGAAAUGUCAAACAAUCUCCAGAUGCUAUUGCUCCUGUAUUUGCAAGAGAUAGAAACAAAGCCCAUGGUAUUGGGAAUAUUGAAUUUCAUUUUACACUGUCAAAUGGUGUCUCAGCAAUCGGACCAAAGCUUAAGGCUGCGUCCGUUAGAGUGCAAGAUUCUUAUACUGUUACCUGGCUCACUGCCAGAAGAGAAGGACAGUAGGAGAUUCUUGAUGGUUAACAGAUGCUAGAAGAUAUCGAUAAUGAGAUGGAAAAUAACAUGGACUGUCUUGAUCUUUACAUUGGGGUUACAAGACGAUGGAACUGUUCUGUUGGCUCAGAUAAGCCUAGGUUGAUGACAACCUUGGCACUCUAUGGAGUUGAAGGAGGAGAUUCGAAAGAGUACCUUCAGGUCGAUGGUGUUGGUAUCAGAACUGAUGACUAUUGCUAAUUUUACCGUCCAAAUAUGAUGACUGCAUUAUCCUCAAGCAAUAAUGUCUCCUUGGCCCUUAGAAAUUUGAAGUUGGAAUGAGAUUUAAAAAGCAGUCUCAACAAAAGCAUGCUUUAUAAUGUCAUUGGUAAAAUGGAACCUUCCGGAGGUUUCAUCUUUGGUUGCAUCGGCCGUGGGGAAUCAUUUUUUGGUUAACAUAAUGUUGACAACUCUCCAUUCUUGGAGAUCUUUCAUAGGAUCCCCGUGGCCGAAAUAUUUUGUAGCGGUGAUAUUAGUUAUGGUUACAUAU